CACCGGACUGUCAGGGAUGAAGCUCCGACAACGGAUUCGUAGAAGAAUAGAAUUGAAGUCGCCCGCGCCGAACAGGGACGGCCUGACCGGGCGAGAGACAACCGUCCUCUCGGCCACUCGAUCCGCCCACAUGCAGCCCCAUGGUUGGCAAUUGACAUUGGUUGGGCAUUAGGGCAGGGAUGGUGUAGCAUGUAGACGGUACACACCGAGAGCUUUCCUGCCCUCGACCUGCGAGGUGCUUCCGAUAUGGCAAACCCUUGGCAGUCACUAACCAGAGGGGGGUUCUCGCUACCUACCUUCGACCAGGGAUCACCCCACCAGACGACCUGCCCCUCCCUCCGUCUCUGCUCACCCAAAAGCUUCCACCUCCAGCCCCAAGUGCAUCAUCUUGAUUCUCUUCCCUCUUCCAUCUUCACUCUUCCCAUCCUCGCCCUACAACAUCGAGAGACCUUCCACCACUCAUUAGUCCAUCAAACCUCAGAAAAUCAUCCACAAUGGGUAUCACCAAGGUUCACGCUCGUUACGUCUACGACUCUCGUGGCAACCCCACCGUCGAGGUCGAUGUCGUGACCGAGGAGACUGGCCUCGCCCGCGCCAUCGUGCCAUCUGGUGCCUCCACCGGUCAGCACGAGGCUUGCGAGCUCCGUGACGGCGACAAGACCCACUGGGCUGGCAAGGGUGUUCUCCAGGCCGUCAAGAACGUCAACGAGGUCAUUGGCCCCGCGCUCAUCAAGGAGAAGAUUGACGUCAAGGACCAGAGCAAGGUCGACGAGUUCCUCCUCAAGCUCGACGGUACCCCCAACAAGACCAAGCUCGGUGCCAACGCCAUCCUCGGUGUCAGUUUGGCUGUCGCCAAGGCCGGUGCUGCCGAGAAGGGUGUCCCUCUCUACGCUCACGUCUCCGACCUUGCCGGCACCAAGAAGCCCUAUGUCCUCCCCGUUCCCUUCAUGAACGUCCUCAACGGCGGUUCCCACGCCGGUGGCCGUCUUGCCUUCCAAGAGUUCAUGAUCGUUCCUUCCGCCGCCCCCUCUUUCUCCGAGGCGAUGCGCCAGGGUGCUGAGGUGUACCAGAAGCUCAAGGGCCUCGCCAAGAAGAAGUACGGCCAGUCCGCUGGCAACGUCGGUGACGAGGGUGGUGUUGCUCCCGAUAUCCAGAGCGCCGAGGAGGCCCUCGAGCUCAUCACCGAGGCCAUUGAGGCCGCUGGCUACACUGGCCAGAUCAAGAUCGCCAUGGAUGUCGCCUCCAGCGAGUUCUACAAGGAGGACGCCAAGAAGUACGAUCUCGACUUCAAGAACCCCGAGAGCGACCCCUCCAAGUGGCUCACCUACGAGGAGUUGGCUGCCCUCUACUCCGACCUCUGCAAGAAGUACCCCAUCGUCUCCAUCGAGGACCCCUUCGCUGAGGAUGACUGGGAGGCCUGGAGCUACUUCUACAAGACCCAGGGCGAGUCCAUCCAGAUCGUUGCUGACGACUUGACCGUCACCAACCCUCUCCGCAUCAAGAAGGCCAUUGAGCUCAAGGCUUCCAACGCCCUUCUCCUCAAGGUCAACCAGAUCGGUACCCUUACCGAGUCCAUCCAGGCCGCCAAGGACUCCUAUGCCGAUGGCUGGGGCGUCAUGGUUUCUCACCGCUCUGGUGAGACCGAGGAUGUCACCAUCGCCGACAUUGCCGUCGGUAUCCGCUCCGGCGAGAUCAAGACCGGCGCUCCCUGCAGAUCGGAGCGCCUGGCCAAGCUUAACCAGAUUCUCCGCAUCGAGGAGGAGCUUGGCGAGAACGCCGUGUAUGCCGGCGAGAACUUCCGCAAGUCCAUCAACUUGUAA